AUGUCUACUUUGAGCAAUUUUAUUAAAAAUUUUAAGCCUCUUAACAAAACAAUCAAGGAGCUCUUUGAUUUAGAUUCUCAAAGAUUCCAAAAAUAUAGGCAUCAAAUUGAUUUUGGCUGUGGCAAAUUGCUUGUUGACUAUUCCAAAAAUUAUAUUGAUGAAUGUACAAUGAAGGUUUUAUUUGAGCUUGCUAAAGCAUGCCAUGUCGAAGAAUUGCGUGAUGCAAUGUUUCGAGGUGAUAAGAUCAACUUCACUGAAAAUCGGUCUGUUCUUCACGUUGCUUUGCGUAACAGAGCAAACACACCGAUCCUUGUUGAUGGCCAAGAUGUAAAUAUUAUUUACAAAAUUGUUCUGCUAUCUUUAUAUGAUAGAUCUCUUAAUAUUGGUCCUGUCAUGGCUACUAACUGUCUUAAGCCUUUCGCCACUCAUUUAAAAGUCCACUUUGUGUCCAACAUUGACGGUACACACAUUGCUGAAACCCUUAAAAAUGUUCAGCCUGAAACAACUCUCUUCAUCAUUGCUUCCAAGACAUUUACUACCGCUGAGACUAUGACAAAUGCUCAAUAUGCUAAGGAAUGGCUUCUUGAACAGCUAAAGGAUCCUAAAGCUGUUGCUAAUCACUUUGUUGCUUUGUCAACAAAUACUAAAGCUGUCAAGGCGUUUGGUAUCAAUGAAGCAAACAUGUUUGAAUUCUGGGAUUGGGUUGGAGGUCGCUAUUCAAUGUGGUCCGCUAUCGGUCUCUCUAUUGCUCUUUAUAUUGGUAUGGACAACUUUGAACGCCUUUUGGAUGGCGCUCAUGCCAUGGACAAGCACUUUAAGGAGACUCCGAUCGAAAAGAAUAUUCCAAUGAUUUUGGGUCUGUUGGGUGUAAUGUACAUCAAUGCAUAUAAGGCAGAAACACAAGCAAUUCUACCUUACGAUCAAUACAUGAAUCGUUUCCCUGCCUACUUCCAACAGGGUGACAUGGAAUCGAAUGGAAAGUACGUGACGAGAGAUGGAAAUACUGUGGAUUAUCAUACUGGCCCCAUUGUCUGGGGAGAACCAGGUACUAAUGGCCAGCAUGCCUUCUAUCAAUUGAUUCACCAGGGUACCUCGCUUAUCCCUUGUGACUUCUUGGUUCCAAUUCACACUCACAAUCCCAUCAAGAAUGGAGAAUUUCAUGAAAUUCUUCUCUCCAACUUCUUGGCUCAGACUGAAGCUCUGAUGUUAGGCAAGACAACGGAGCAGGCUAAAAAUGAAUUACAAGCCGCGGGCAUGUGUGGCGAGAAGUUGGAAAUGUUGGCAAAGCACAAGACUUUCCGCGGAAACAAACCUACCAACUCGAUUGUCUUCACUAAACUUGAUCCUUUCAUGCUGGGUGUCCUUGUUGCAAUGUACGAGCACAAAAUCUUCACACAAGGCGCUAUUUGGAAUAUUAAUUCAUAUGAUCAAUGGGGCGUCGAGCUGGGCAAGGAGCUGGCCAAGAAAAUUCAGCCCGAACUCCACUCCAAGGACGUGAUCACUUCUCAUGAUGGAUCCACUAAUGGUCUGAUUGCUUUCAUUAAGCACAAUAAAACGAAUCACUAA